AGCGACAACAUCAAUCUGGAAACAAGGCUGGAUUUUUGAGAAAAAAGUAUUAAGAAGACUACAACGUCUAGCGCGACAAGCAGUACUAGCACCUCCAUGUAGUAGAGUUAAGCGGCUUUUUUAUAUAUCCCCUUCUUUUAUUACUAGUCUCUCUCUCUCUUCCAAAGCAGACCAAUUUGUUGUUCACUGUGUUAGAAGUUAUUUGUGAACUACGUGAUGAACAACAUCACCAGCAGGGGCCCAUCAAUACUAGUAGAUACCAGGAAUAGAAAUUGAAAUAGACAAGAACUUCAGAAAUAAUUGAAGUCAAAACAUGACGUCCAAGCUGGAAACCAAGGGCGUCCGGGUCUUCCUGGGGAACAUUCCCUUUGAUAUCAUGGAAAAAAGUGUUGUACGUUAACGGAAUUUGUGAUGCAGUGACGCGUCACAAAAGAACGUGUCCAAAUUUGUCAUGCGUAGAAUGCAUAUUAGGCAAAAUCUGUCAUGCAUAUUUGCAAUCUCUGAGUUGCGUGCGCGGCCCAUCCGUGUUCCGCGUAAAUCUCUACAGGAGAGUGUACGCCGCGUCGAAAGGCUCCCUUCCGUACGGAGCGCCCCGAACCCGUUUUAGCGCACCUUUAUGAUGGCCUUUCUGUUAUAAGGAGGGGGAGUUAGACCAGUUUGCAGAACCCAGUCUGUUUAUGCUAGCAAAGGGCUAGUGCGCUGUAGACCCCCAGGACCAGGUAGACUCAGUCCCGACCGAAGUGGUAGGCGCUUAGGGUGAACUAUGUAUGUAGCGCUUAGGGCCCUUCCGUACGGCCGAUUUGUAUGCCCGCAACGGGGUUCGCCUAAGUCGGUCAUUUGUAUGCAAGGCGUUGGGUUACCCGGUCGGCAGAGCCGAUCCACAACGAACGAACGAUAUUUGCAAUCUCUGAAAACCAUUAACGUUAACACUUUUUUGUUUGAUAUUUGAAGCCACGGAGCAGGACUUGAUGUCGAUCUGCGAGUAUCCUGUGCAAAAGCAUCGUACAACUAGUACUAAUUGCAGGUAUGCAUUACAAAUCUAGAUGUUAAGGGAAAUCCGCAUUACAAACUUGAUUUGUAAUGCUGAGCCAAUUUGUGAUGCGAUUCAUACUAUUACGAUGCUUUUGCAGUUCAUAGCGAGCUCGCCGGCCGCGUGGUGGAGUUCCGGUUUGUGAUGGACAACAAGCGCGGGCGGCACAAGGGCACGGGGUUUUUAUCCUGUGCAAAAGUAUCUGAUACUCGUAUUGCAGUCAUGCAUUACAAAUCUUGUUCUUAAGCUAAAUCCGCAUUACAAAUUUCAUUUUUCAUGCUGAGGAGCAAAUUUGUGAUGCAUUUAUGCGAGUACGAGAGAUACUUUUGCAAUGCAUAGUUUUGCGAGUACCCCGAUGUGGACACCGCGCAGGCCGCGAUCCGGAACCUGGGAAAGUUUCCCCUGAAGGGUAUCGUAAGGAAAAAUCCUCCGCCCUCCCCAUAAUGACGAGGUUCGUUUUCGAAAAUUUGUGUUGCUGAUUUGUGACCACAAAUCGCAUCUGUCUUGCAAGAAGGCAACUCCACAGGCCCAGCCGCAUUUUUAUGCAGGCGGUUUGUCAUGCUGUUGGGCCUAGUACAGCGCGGACGCUUUUCGUGCUAAGCGCCUAGGCAAAUAAAAAAGCCCCUCGUCUCCUCAGGCUCCUCGAUAAGGGCCCGCAGUCCCCUCCAGCAACACAAAUCUGAUUUGUGUACGCAAAUCCAGCAUCAGAAACUUCGUUGUUGUGAUACGGGGAGGGGGGCUUUUUCCUUUUGAUAAAGGGCCGAGAACUGAUCGUCGACUGGGCGGACAACGAGAUGAAAUCGAUAUGACAGUGCACAACUCCCCCUCCCCCUCAUUUGUGGUGCAAAGGCCCCAAUUUUUAAUUUGGUGCCUUAUAUAUAAUGGCACUGUUUGCAUGACAAAUUUCGGAAGCCCAAAUAAAAGUACCACGCUCGGCCCGUGAACUUGUUAUGCACAGGUUCCAAGUGAUGUCUUGGUGUUUGUAUUGCUGCUCAUGCCGUGCAAAUGAGGGGGAGGGGGAGUUGCGCACUCUCAUAGCCGAAGCAGUCCCUGUCGAAGAUUUUGACGCUGGACCAGUUUUAUCAAAUGCAAAAAUGUCUGGGUCUGGAAGAUUCUGAAACUUGUGAUGCACGUUUUGCAUGAGCCAUGAUGUCUGUAAUGCAUGCCCUAGCAUCGUCACAGGCGACCUUUUGAUGGCAUCUUGAUGCCUAUUCCGCAUGACAAAUGCUCCGCGUAGCAAAAAUCGCACUCCCUUAUUUGUUGCUCAUGCAAUACAGAUUUUUUCGGAAUCCAAACGCAGCAUCACAAGUUGCGUUCUCCCAGACCCAGACAUAUUUGCAUUUGAUAAGUUUGACCAAGUCGGCAACCGCAUCUCCGGGCUGAUGAAGCGGUCGGAGCAGGAAGUCCAGAAGAUCGACCCGCAGGACUGUUCCUUGCUCGGCGAGGUCGCCCAGGUGGUGCACAACUGUAGCUGCUCCCAGCUCCUUUACGUGUUGUCCGAACUGCAGCGGAUGGCGCACUUAUCACCGGACGGCACGAAGAAGUGGCUCAAGGAGAACGCGCUUGUGGCGCACGCCGUGCAGCACAUGUGCUUCGUGGUCGGGAUUUCGGACGAUUCCCUGCUGCUGCGCGACGCCAACAAAAAAACGUUCGGGGCACUGAGUCUAAACCCGGAGAAAGUAUCAAAUGUAAAAAUGUCUGGGUCUGGAAGAUUUCGAGAUUUGUCAUGCAUAUUUUCCAUGAGCCAUGAUGUCUGUGAUGCAUGCCGUAGCAUCACAGAUUUUUAGAGAGCUUUGUGAUACCUCUACCGCAUGAGAAAUCCCCUCUCCGCGUAGCACAAAAUGUAGUCCUCUUGCUGGUCAUGCAAUACAAAUCUUUUUAGAAUCCAGAGACAGCAUCACAAGUUCCAACCUUCCAGACCCAGACAUUUUUUCACUUGAUAGAAAGACGACAUGAACAACGUUUUUACGAUGAACGAGGAAGAGAUUUUGAAAAGCAGGAGCAAAAAGUACUAUACUUUCUUACAACCACGAGGAGCUAUUCAAUUCUUUCUAGCGCUUGUUCAAUAUUUGAUAAUCAAAUACGUGAGUUUGCGCAUAUGCAUUCCUGAGGAACCCCCCGCUUUCAUGCACAACUUCAUGCUAUACAACUUGAAAUAAAUACAAAAUCGAAAAAAUCAAAAUCCACUUUAGGCUCCGCGAGAAGCUUUGGGGUAAGGAGUUCCAGCCCAUCAGCAAGAAGGAAGUCAACCUUUCCUUCCUCCGAAAGCUCGAAAAGCUUGACCAGGCACUAUCAAAUGUAAAAAUGUCUGGGUCUGGAAGAAUGCAAGGGUUGUCAUGCUUGUCUGGCAUGACCCAUGAUGCUUGUAAUGCAUGAUCCAGCAUCUUCACAGAUUUUUGGAAGGCUUCCUGAUGCCAUUUCCGCAUGACAAAUGGCCUCCUCGCGUAGCACAAGCGGGGGUCCUCUUGCUGGUCAUGCAAUACAGAUUUUUUUAGAGUCCAAAGUUAGCAUCACAAGUUCGAACUUUCCAGACCCAGACAUUUUUGCAUUUGAUAGGCGCAGAUCUUCGACUACCUGCGAAAUUUGAAGCCCGAGGAGGUCGCCGCUUUACCGACUGAGCUACAACUGCAGGCGCAGGCCGUCCGGGCGAGUCAGAAGGACUCGCACGAAGACGAGCGCUUGUACAAUCGCAACAAGCGGGACCGGGAGCAGUACGGAGGCGGUGGCCAGUAUCCAAGGAAAAAACAUUCUUAGUGCUGUAAAUUUGUGAUGCGCAACAUGCAAAUCGAUGGAUUGCGCCUGUCAUGCUGUGCCUGCAUUAUAUAGGGUUCAUUCAAGGGCGUUUUCACGUACAAUCUGAGCAUGACAGGUUUUUGCUGUCAUGCGAGACGAGAUAUUUGUCAUGCUAAUCUUUCAAGAAAGUUCUUAGUCUUACAACACCUACAAUCUUUUUUUCUCCGAUAGCCAGCAACACGAGCGGGGCGGGGGGAACCAUGGGGGACCACACCAGCAACAUCGAGGGCACGGUAGAGACGGCGGUGGUAAUAUGAACAACCGGGAUAAUUAUGGUGGUGGAGGACAACAUCAUCAUAACCGAGAUCCCCGCGGUAACAGAGACAACAACUGGGACGGACCCGGAGGUGCUGGUGACCGCCAACAUGGGAACAAUCCGAAUUAUAUUAACAAAGGUGGUGGUGGUGGGAACAAUUAUGGGCCGAACUACAACCGUGGAGGCGGAGGUGGUGAUCGCGAUAAUUACGGCGGCGGACACCAGAACCGAGGGCCGGGUGGAGGUGGUGACCACCGAGGAGACAACUAUGGUCACCAGCACAGUAACCGCGGCAACAAGGGUGGUGGUGGGCACCACCAGCACAACCGGGGGAAGGGCGGAGGUGGGGGGAAUCAGAAUCACCCCUACGGAGGCGGGGGUGGCGGGCACCGCGGCACGGGCAGCAACGCCAUCGGGUUUCACGAUUUGCAGGGGUAUUGAUGAGGAAGAAGCAGUAGUACGUGGCACUUCUACGGGUCCUCGAUUAUGAUGUGCAGCCAGGUGGCAGAUAUCAGAAGGACGAGCUGGUUGAACGCUUCCACCACCUGCGUACAAAAAUAUUUUUAAUCCGUACUUCUACUACUAACGACGACAAAACAUAUACAUAAUGUGCGACACUUUUGAAAAUGAAAUAGGAGAAGCGAUGAAAUUUCCCCUCUAGGAAGCGAGCAGAACCAGGCUGACACUAAAGGACAGCAAGCGUGGUAAGUACCAAAUGAAAAUGGAUCGUGAAGAUCGAGUUGCUUUACAACUUGUUCUUCCACCUCUGAAGGAUCGGCAAUUUGAGAUCGUUCCGUUUCGUAUUGUCUAGGCUAC